UUAUCUACUUAUUUUCCGUUUGUUAACAAACAUUACAGCACCUAAAAAGCAAUCGUUGUUGAAAUACAAUGUUGAAAAUUUUAAUAAAAUUCAGUUUAUUAUUAACGGUAUUAUGUGCAGAUGUAAUUAUUAAACCUGCAACUUCGCCGUUACAACAUUCCGAAGGUCCAUAUUGGGAUGCUAAACGUCAAUUACUAUUUUUCGUAGAUUAUUAUGAGGCAACCAUUUUGCAAUUGAAUCCUAAAUCGAAUUUGGUGACCAAAGUUCAAAUACCAAAUCACAAUUCAUCUACUAUUGUCAUACCUGUUAAAGAUAGUAACCAUGAAUUUAUAGUAACUGCAGAUAACUUUAUUUAUAAAGUAAAAUGGAAUGGUCAGAAAAAUGAUACAGCAAUUAUUAAACAACUUUUUGGUAUUCAAAAAAAUGAAUCACACAUACAAUACACUGAUGGAAAAGCAGAUUCUGAUGGUAGACUAUGGAUAGCAACAUACAAAAGAACCGUCGAUAACUUAUGGGAAAAAUAUAAAGGCAUAUUUUAUAGAAUGCAAGGAAAAUUAUUAAAGGAAAGAGAAAUUAUAAAAACUGGUUUAACUUUAGGUAACGGACUUACUUGGUCCAAAGAUCGGAGGAGGUUUUAUUAUAUUGACAGUUAUAAUUAUAAUAUUCAAGUUUACGAUUUUGACUUAGAAAAUGGAGAAAUUAGCAAUCCAAAAGUCCUGUUUAAUUUGAAGGACUAUCCAUCACUGGUGAACACAAGUAUGAAUGAUGGUUUGGAUGGAAUGACUAUUGAUUUAAAUGAUAAUUUAUGGGCAGCAGUUUAUGGUGGAGGAAAGAUAAUUCAUGUAAAUGGGACAACGGGUAAUCUGAUACGAGUAGUACAUUUACCAGUUAGUCACCCAACUUCUGUAACUUUCGGGGGACAAAAUUUCGAUAUAUUGUAUGUGACAUCAUCUAGAUUCAACUUUAAUGCCACACAGCUUGAAAUGGAACCACUGGCCGGAUCAGUAUUGGAGUUAAUCAACUUAGGAGUAAAGGGAUUACCGGCGAACGAAGUGGAUCUUAAGGAAAAUCCAAAUUAUAAAUAACUUUGGAAAACAUUUGUACUAAUUAUAUUUCAUUUAAAUUGCUAUAUUUUAUCCCAAGUGUUAUUAACUAAUUUGUAGUUAAAGUAUUUUAUUAUUAUUAUUGUAAGUUUCACAAUCCACUAUAAAAAUAAAAACAAUUAAAAAUUUUA